AUUGGCGACAACUCGGAACAAGUAUGCGCUUCAACAGGUGUUCGUCCCGUUACAUCUUCAGAGUAGAAAGAUUCGAAGUGCAAAAUUUGCUUUCAUCGAGGACGCAUCCGCGAGCAAUGUUGAUGUCAAAAAAAACACAAAGACAUGAAUGAGAGAAGCGACAGCCUUUACAAAACAUGAUUAUUCUUUUCUCAGCAGGAUUACUAGUAGAAGGACCUCCUAAUCUUUCUAGCGCCUUUAGAAAAUCUUCCAACAAAUCUUCACAAUCAGAACAACACCACUCGUAACUACACAGACGCCAACAAUUAUCACUAGAACUAUAUUGAUACAAAAUGGCGGCUCUCGACAGCAUUCACGUAAAGGUAAAGCGGAAGAACCAGACGUUUUUCCUCCUAGUCUCCAACCCAGAAGCACCGACGUUGGAGAUCAAGGAAAAGCUCUGUUUAUGAUGACCUUGGUUGGCAACGUGAACACGUUGAUAUUGUGAUGUUCUUACUGUUACUGUAGUUUGGUUUUUCGCAAAAAUGUCGUUAUUUGGACAAAGCACACAAAGUAAAUUUUUAGCCGGCUAAUUUCCCUCGAUCAUGGUUCGGAUAUCGUUCGUAGUCUCUAUCCGCAAUGUCGUUAUUUGGACCACAAGGAUGGUUCCAUCCGUUACUAGAAGUUGUGUUUCUUGAGUUUGUUAAAGAAAGUAGAUCAUUUCGUAACUACUUACAUCAUACAUAGAUACCUCCCACAAGAACACUCGAAAUAUCCAUAGGUACCUCCCACAAGCACAAGAACACUCAAAAUAACCCAAAAUAAAUCCUCUUUCAUUUUCUCUUCUCCUCGGCGACAAGUGCAAGGACCCUCUAGAUAUGCGGUUGAUGUACGAGGAUAUCAUUUUAGAGGAUGAGAUCUCCUUGAGGUCUCAGAGAGUACAAGACAGCUCGAUUCUCAGCAUGAUCCUCCGUGCAGACGAAACGACCUUCGAACAACCUGAAUACGACGAUUUGGACGCGUUGCACUUGAAGACAGUGGCGGCGGUAACUAAUUGAGAAGAUGGCGCAGUGAUUUAUACUACUAGUUGCUGUGAGAGGACAAUACAAUACAAUACAAUACAAUUAUUAAUCUCGCACAAAGUUCAGUGCAGACUGCCAUAAGGGAGCAAAUUUUUGCUAUAGACGUAGGAGUUCUUAUCGACGUGAUAAUUAUAAUAAGUAGAUCGGAUAUUGUAGUCGUCCAUUCUAUUAAUUGUUGCUCAUUACGUGAUUGUGGUCUCACACUAGCCAAGAUCAACACUUGACGAAAGCUGACACAAAAACCCUGAGUAGUAACCCUUUCCCUUUUCCCAUAACUUCCUUCUACGACGCCCAGUGGCUCGGAC